AUGCCAUUGCAGGAUAAUGUUGGAUUCCAGAAUAAGCCGUCGAUCGAUUCUUUCUUGAUCGGUAGCUACGCCGGAAUCAAUAUUGGUAUCGCAGCCCCUGUACUAAAUCCCAGGGACAUGAAGAACAAUCUACUGACUUUAUACCUUUGUUUGGGUGCCGCUGCGGCCAGAAAUGUGUUUCAAGGGCUGAAAAUAAAUGACGUCGACUCUUUCGAAAAAGAGCUGGAGCUCAACAAGCGGGAUGGCAAAAACGUUGUUUCGCUGGAACUGACCGAGGCCGACUUGGGCUUGCUCAAGGAGAAGAGAGACGCCAAGAACGUGCAGAAUCUACAGCUCAGCGUCGAUGGGGACCCUGUUUGGGACAGCAGAGUGAAGAGAGACGGCAGAACGUAUUUUGACCUGCAGAUCCCGCUCGAGAAGGUUGACCCGGAACUGAAGGACACUCUGAUGCCGGAUGUGAAGAUGAGUAAUCUGGCUACUGCUUUGACGCAGAUCCAGGAGGUCUCCAUUUUCUCGUCGUAUAUACGCGACAUGGUGGACCUGUACCAGAAGUGCGACGACACGACGCAGUUCAACAUCAACUCGCAGAACGACAACAUGCUUCUGAUUUUUGCACCAACAAACGAGGCCAUUGCCGAGCUUUCUGAGAAGCCGUGGCAGUUCCCAAGACCAGUGACGAGGGAGUCGGACGCGGACGACGAGGCGUCGAGCUACAACCUCAGGCACUUCGUGGAGUCGCACGUGGUGCAGGGCUCGAACGUGGCAGACUUUGCCAAGGCGGAGGUUGUUCUGGAGUCGCUGAACGGCAACCGGAUCCAUCUGCGCAACACCGACACCAGCUUCGAGCUGUCGUUGGAAGACGUGGACGAGUGGCUGCCGGUCCGCAAGAUCGAGCUCACCGCAAACGGCGCGCUCCUGAUCAUCGACAAGACCCUCUCGUGGCCGCGCAGAGGCUAG